UACUUCAGAAUGAUCGUCAACGAGAACGAGAGCGACAACAACUAUUAUCACCAUCAUCGCGAGAAUCAACAUCGGGAGAUUCAAAUGAUUCACUUACAUGUUUAUCCACAUCAAAACUACCUACACCUAUUCAACUUAAUCAUGGAUAA